GUUGGCCGCCACAGAUGGUCCGCGCCGUAUUGCAAAGCCAAACUGAUUCGACUGUACGUCGAGCCUCCACGCGUGCGCAACGUCUGGGCACGCAUGAUCAGCAUCAAGGAAGCCCGGUUCGAUCUGCGCAAGUCCAAGCGCAAGACGCCUCUUGGCGGUGUUGUCGAGGAAAAGCUGUUUGAUCUGUCAAGCUCAGCUGUGCGAGUUGGGGUUCCGCAUGAGGUCAUUGUGAACCAGAUUACGGACAACUUUACGAACGUGUUCAAGGCAUGCUUGCAACUUCACCAUCGGUUCAGCACGGGGACCAACGAGUACAUUCUGGACAAGCACCCCGAGGGUCCCAAGAACGUGCCCAAAGUAUCUUUCCGAUCGCGCAAGUUCAUGUUCGAGUUGGAGGACGGCGCUUUUGAAUGGAAACUGGGCAUGAUUUACAGGACGGGACGCAUCGAGCAGACCCAACGGCUUGCGAGAGAAGACGCAUUCCAUGCCAAGAUGAGAAAAAUCAGGGAGGACGAGUCGAGGAAAGGCAACAGCAAAGUCAGAUCCCGUUCUGCUUAUCAACGAGGCCGCACGGAAAACACAAGCGGGUCCUGGUUCAGGAGCCGCAGCCUUGACGCCAUCUCGCCCGCAGACAGCGGACCGGGUCCUGAGCCCAGGAGAAUACCACGGUAUGACCCUGAGUCGGAAACGGCGGGCAUCAACGCGUACUCGAGGGUUUCCGAGCAGGACGCUCGUGUCAAGUUAGACUUGUUGAAUGCCCAGACCUGGAAGAAGCGCAUCGACAAUGCAUACGAGAUGUCGCGCAACAGCGUCUGCGAGCUGCGGAAAGCUUUCUGGGGCCCGAAAAAUCUGCCGGACGACGUUGAGGAAACAGAGAACAUUCUCGAGGUGCCUCAACGCCCGGCACUCAUGUCGACCAUGAUCACCGAUCUCCGCUUCAUCAUCGACAAGCCGACGUUCCCGUUGAGCGAGCUACCCACCUUCCUCCACGAUGUUGGCAAAGGCAUGCCACGGGACAUGGAGUAUGGACUGCUCGUGCCGAUGCAUGUGACUAUCGAGGUGGACGAGGCCAGAAUGUCACUUCGUGACUAUCCGCUGCCGCUUCUCCAUAUCCCAUGGAUGAAGACUGGGCAAUCAACGAAGUUGCCGGCCAUGUCAUUGAAGACCAACUUUGUCAUAGCGGAGGAGUUUCGUGGAGAGCAGUCCACGCGAAAAGUGCGCGUUAACAUUGUGCCACCCAAGGAUCCCGGGCAGUCGAGCGACGGCAGCUUUGAUAUCGAGGUCCGGCGCACCAUCGGCCCUGUCAAGUCCUACUCGGACGUAUUCAUGGACAUUAACACCGCGCUGCCUACAAGGAUUACGUGGGCGCCUUGCUACCAACCUGCCAUUCAGGACAUGAUGAUGGUGAUUGAGUCCUUCACCAAGCCCCAGAUCGACCCUUCUGAGCGUGUUGGAUACUGGGAUAAGCUGCGCCUCGUCUUCCACUCGCGUAUGCGAAUCGCCUGGCGAGGUGAUGGCGACAUGCAUCUGUCGCUCAAGGGCACGCGUGAUCCGUACCGUGUGACUGGGACCGGCGCGGGCUUCCUCAUGUGCUGGCGUAAUAACGUCAGGUGGAACAUCAACGCCGAAGACGACCCCAAGCGGUUCAUGACGGUAGACAGUGGAGAGUAUAUCCUUGCCGUGCCCGACUAUACGCAUCAGGUUCGCGAUGCGGCUCGCCGCGAAGAAUCAUCGGGUAUGGUUGUGACAGAUGACAUUCUUAAGACUGGCGCCAUGUUCAAGAAGGUCGUCAUGAAGCUAUCAGGCAAUGUCCAAUGGAUGUCUGGGCUGACGUUCGAACGGGCUAUCGAGGAUGGCAAACGCAGCUUUGACUUCAAGCCGCACUACGAGGUCAUCCUCAAGAGUCCCAAGUUUGCCCAGUCUACCAACGGGCUACCUUAUGACUCUAUGCGUGGCUUCAGAAGCCGCUACAUCCACAUGUCCAUCGCAGUCCGCGCUCCUGUAGAUCGCGAUUGGAUGUCGGACAGCCCUGAACCGUCAACAAGCUACAACACGGUGCACCUGACCCCUCGUUUCUUCACGCACUUCUUCGCCUGGUGGGAUCUGUUCAAGCAGCCCCUGUCGCUACCGAUUCGACAGGGCAAUCUCUUCCCAGGCCGCGAGAAGAACAGCAAGAAGUUUGGGCGACACUUGGCGACCGUCAAGUACAAUCUGCUGUUAGCGCCGCUGUUUCUCGCCCAUGUGUACAAGCAUAAGGACGUAGAGGAUUACUCGGAAAAUGCAGUCUCUGCUACGGGUCUCAAGGUCCGCCUGGAUAGUUUCAUGCUUGAUCUGCACCAACGCCGAGAGUGGUUCAACACUUUGGACAAGGGCAAGAGCACGCAGCAGGCCAAGACGUCUGGCAUUAAGAUUCACGCAGCACAGCUUGAUCUCGCCAAUGCUGAUCUACGGGCGGUGUCCGCUAGCCUGAAGGGUACGACAACAGAGGCCAUCAAGCGUGGUUCCAUCUCUACGCUGAUCACCGACCAGGGAGAGAAACCAGACUUAUCGCGCUUCAACAUCCCGGACCAUGACUACAGCUGGAUUGACAUGGAUGACUUUGUCGAGUUGGACUGGAUCUUGCCCACCGAGCCUCAUCCUAGCACCAAGAUCCUACCGUUGGGAUUCGCACCUCGCCUGACAUACUUUAGGCAAACGGACAUUGACGGAACGAUCGCCGGUGACCCGUCACGCAGAAGCCCCUUUGGCAACGAGCCUACGCACUUUUGCAUCAUGAGCCACAACGACGACCCGAAGCAGGUGCAGGCCAAGCUCAUCGAGGAACGUCUCGAGCAACUACGCGUGCAGAUGCAGACCCAUUCCCGUGAUCUCGGCGAGGCUGAACUCAAGAUCGUGCGGACCAACGCUCGAGAAGAGGAUUGCGUGGAAAACUUUGAGGCACUUCGGAAGCAUUCAGCUGUUUUAGAAGAGAAGAAGAGGUUCCUCGAGGACAUGCUCGAGCAAGUUCAUGCCAAGAUUCCGCCAGUUGGGCCGCAACCCAAGCCGACGGGGGAGCGCGGAUCCGAGGAUUCGAUCGAUGUCCAUGACGAAAAGCUGAAUAUCCCGUCGAGGCCCGAGUUUGAGAGCGAGUUCAAGAAUCGGUUCAUCCUGCACAACAUGCAGCUCAAGUGGAACAAUGUCUUGCGAAACAUUGUGCUGCGGUACAUACACCAAAACAGUCAGCGUCGUGGAUUCAUCUACUACCUAGGCCGGCCGGCCAUCAAGUUCAUCCUUGAUAUUGUGGAAGAACAAAACAAGAUGAAGAGCAACAAGAACGGCAAAGCCGAGCAACAGUCGUCUGUGCCGCCAUCAGCUUCUUCAGACCGCGGUAGCCAUCUUGACAUUGAGGACCGAAUCAAGAACAUACUGGGGGAAGACCGAAAAUUCUACUCCACAGCUUUCGAGUCCAAUCUAGAAGGCACGAGUUGCAGAGGCAUCGAAGACCUGACAUCGGGCCUCUCUGACGAAUUUAGUCCCCAAAGUAGUUAUCAUGUGCGGCUCAUCGCUCCCCAGAUUCAACUCCAGAGCGAGAAGAACAAAAAGAACGUUGUCAUCAUCACAGCCAAGGGCAUGGAACUCAAGGUGAUGGAGGUCAUGGACAAGGAGCGCAUCUCUGAUGAUGUCAGUGGUCUUGUACAGCGUCGAUUCCUCGUCAACAUGGAUAGCACGCAGUUCUUCGUCACACAUCACAAAUGGUUCCUGACGAACCUGGUGUCGAUGUAUGCUGGGAGCCGGUACGGCACUAAGAGUGGUUCGUCGUGGCCGCCAUGGGUGCCCAUGGAGAUCAUGUUUGAUUUCACAGCUACGCCUUUCGGCUUCAAGCGUGUGGUGGAGAAGACGUCCGCCGUGCUCCGUUACGACAAGUACAACACGCUUCGCCUCAAGUACAACGACGAGGUCAACGCAGAGGACACGUCAGCGCCUACUGCGGAAAACAACGAAAAGCGAAUGGACAGUCUGUGGGUUGAGUUCCCUCAGGUACGAGCGCUCUGCAACUCGUCCCAAUACUACGCCUUGUAUGUCAUAGUGCUGGACCUUCUCAUGUACAGCGAGCCGCUCGAGAAGACGCGAAGCGAGCGCCUGGAAAAGAUCAUGCUCGCCUCUGACUUCAGCAACCUGAGCGGCGCGCCACAGAAGAUUCAGAAGCUACAAGAACGCAUCAGGCAGAUGGAAGAGAUCAAGGCGCACUUUCAAAUCUACUCCAAGUAUCUCGACAAGCGCGGCUGGGAAGACCGCCUCACACUUGAGCGUGAUCUGGCCGCAGCGGAGGAUGAGCUCUUCUUCGUCAUGAAAGCAAUCACCACAUCGCAGCGAAAGUACGACGUCAAUACCAGUGAAAACGCGCUGCUUAAGUGGAACAUCCUGGUACGAGAUAUUGUCUGGCACCUGAUGCAAGAUUCAAACGAGCCACUGGUCGAGCUCCAGCUGAAGGAUCUCAUGUACGACCGCACGGACAACUCGGACGGCUCGCAUGUGAAUCUACUCCGCGUCGGCAAGGUGCUCGGUCUCAAUCUCCUCCCUGACGCGACAUACCCCCAGAUCAUUGGGCCCUAUGACGAUCCAGCGAAGGUCCCACAAGGCGAGAAGGCCAGCCACGAGAUGAUUCGCGUGUACUGGUACAUGCUUGAGGCCAUUGCGGGCAUCACGGUCAUGGAUCGGUUCGAGGUGGAUCUGUUUCCCAUGGAAAUUCAACUGGAGUAUGAGGUUGGCAAGCGGCUCAUGGAGUACAUCUUCCCUGGGAUGGAGGGUGAGCAGAACAAGACGGCGAGCAAAAAGGAGAGCUCUCACUUCGCCAUGAAACACCAGCUCAUGGCAGACCAGCCGCCCGAAGAAGAUGACACGUCGUCCAUCACCAGUUCAACAAGUAGACUGGGGACGCCGUCCAUGGACAAGGACUCUUCUGGGUUCUCGACACGGGCUGGGUCACUAGAGCUCAGGUUGCGCCCCACGCUGACGUCUAACACGCCAGAACGGAACAACACGAGGAAGAACCUGACUGUGAACACGGGCGAGGGCCACCGCUUCAACCUUCUCCGCCUGGGCGGAUCGAAACCCGCUGGCAAAAAGCCAUCGUACGACUCUCUGCGCGCCGUUGCGCAGGCCGCUCCGAAGAAGGAGAUUAACAGAUCAUCCACGAGCGUGUCCAAGGAAAGUCAAAGCAGUACGGUGGUCGGGGAGAAGAAGCAGCGGUUCAUUCGGGGCCGCAAAGGACCCGACGAAGACAAGCAACAAUCGGACGACCUGACGCAGAUGAUUGCGCGCGCCAGCAAUUACAUGACCUUUUCGUAUAUCCGUCUCCAGUCGGUUGUGCUCUGCGUGAGCUACAAGGGCAAGGAGCAGCGCAACUUUGAGGACGUGCACAACUUUGUCUUCCGGCUGCCCACGAUUGAGUGGCAGAACAAGACGUGGUCGAGCAUGGAUCUCACCAUGGCGUUCAAGAAGGCCUGCAUGCGUGCCCUGCUGUCGCACACGGGCGCCAUCAUCGGCAACAAGUUCUCCAGGCACCGACCGACGGCCGAGCAGCGUACCAAGCUGAGGGACCUCGCCUCGAGCUCGGUGCUGAUAGCACCGUCGUCCUCGGCGGGAUCGCAGAACUGCGCGGGCAGCAUGCAGGACAGCGACGACUCAUCCAGUAUGUACGCGCACUCGCCUGUCGACUUUUCCCGAUCGCCGCCUCGCUCGCUGCGUGGCAGUACGCACGGCAACAUACCUGGGCCGAGCAGGAGUAGCAGCAUUGCGAGCACUAGGUCCCGCCGCUCUGCGCAAGUCCCGCCUGGCGGUAUGCCGGUGCCGACCCAUGUCAACUUGACGCCCCCGACACCCAUAGAAGGACGAACGGGUAGUAGCCAAGGACUCGGCCAUGACCUGCUCCGACCUGGGUCCAGUAGUGGCAUCGGUCACCGUGGGCCCAGGAGGAUCGGCACGGGCAGCUCGGAUCGCCCAGCGACGAGCCAUAGCGGCACCGACUCUAGAAGGAAGAGUGGCGGGGGCACUGGACUCCGAGACAAGAUCAGUGCAUUUACGCAUAGAAUGAGCCACAGAGAGAGCAGUGGGCUUGCGCUCGACGAGGGCGAGGAAGCAGAAAACGAGAGUGCCCACGGCAGUACUAAUGGAGGCGGUAACAACAACAACAACAUCAGCAACAACGGCAAUGGUGAGGAGAACAAGCCCUCUCCGAUCAAGAGGAUGACGUGGGCGCCUGGGAGGACAAAGACGGGCUAACAAAGAACAAAAGUCGGGAAACGGACCAGGCGUUCUGGGAUCAGCGGAUACGGGGUUAUCAUACACACAUACAUACAUGCACGCACUCGGUCGUUUGGACGGGGGAUACACACUCGGGAGCAUACAGGGUCUCAUAGGUCAAAUUCGAUAGGGGACAUGCGAGCUACAUAGGUAGACAGCUCCAAAUUUCAUUCAUUAAU